AUGUCAAUGAAACGUUUUAAAUUUUUACUUUCAAAUUUGCGAUUUGAUAACCCAGAUGAUAGGGAAGAACGAAAGAAAUCUGAUCCGGCAGCACUUAUUUCUGAAGUGAUGAAUUUAUUCAUUUAUAACUCCCAGAAAGCGUACACAUUAGGCACUUGCGUCUGCAUUGAUGAAAUGCUUGUUGGAUUCAGAGGAAAGUGUCGCUUUAAAAUGUAUAUGCCCCAAAAGCCUGUGAAAUAUGGAUUAAAAGUUAUGUGUUUGACUGAUGCCCGGAAUAAUUAUGCUUACAAUGCAUAUCUUUAUUGUGGAAAAGACUCUGAUGGAAUUAGCGUAGAAGAGAAUUGGGAAAAAUUCAGCAAACCAAGUCAAGCUGUUCUGCGUUUGAGCAAACCAAUUUUUAAUACGAACAGGAAUGUUGGUUUUCUUCCAUAG